AUGGUGUCUCAUCGAUAUCAUUAUUAUGAUUACAAAGCUGGUCAAGGACAUACAUAUCAAGCAUGUAGAGAUUAUUUUGAUAAACAAUUAAGAAUUUUACCAAGAAUUUUGAUUGAUGUUACUAAUGUUUCCUUGAAAACAACGAUUUUCGGAUGCAUAUACGAAUCACCAAUAAUCAUUGCUCCAACAGCAUUCCAUCGCCUGGCACAUAUCGAUGGUGAAGUUGCAACUGCUCGUGGUGCAACAGAAGCCAAAUGUAUUUAUACUUAUAAUUGGGUAUAUUCAACAAUGCCAGAAGAAAAAGUUCUACAAACAACUGGUAAUAUUCAAGCAUUAUCCUAUCUAACUUUUAUUCUAUUUAUGAUCUUAGGUCCAAAGUUUUUCCAUAUUUAUUUAACUGCACCCAUCGACAUUUUAGAAAAAAUAGUUCCACAAGUUGAUAAAAAAGGAUAUCGAGCAAUUGUUGUUACAUGUGAUGAUCCGACUACUCGUGUUCGUGAUCAUAUUUUGCCAUUAUUCUUGGAGGCAUCAGAGUAUAUUGAUCCCACUAUAUUUCAAACCGUAGAGACGGCUAACAUAAACAUGAAUGAUUUAUGCAGUGAGCCAACUUUGACCAAGAAGGCAAUAACAUGGACAAAUCUUGAAAGAUUAAGGAAAUUGACAAGAUUACCAAUUAUUUGUAAAGGAAUACUUUCACCAAUUGAUGCAGAAAUAGCGAUCAAAUAUGGAGCAAAUGGAAUCAUUGUCAGUAAUCAUGGUAGCCGUCUGAUUGAUACAACAGUACCAGCUAUUGAAUGUCUAAAAGAAAUUAUCAAUGUUGUUGAUGGACGUGCAGAAGUUUUUGUUGAUACUGCUAUUCGAACUGGUACUGAUGUUUUAAAAGCAUUAGCAUUGGGUGCACGAGCUAUUUUUAUUGGUCGACCGAUUUUAUAUGGAUUAUGUUGUGGUGGACAUAAUGGUGUUCAAAGAGUAUUGGAUAUAUUAAAAAGUGAAUUGACUUAUGAUAUGGCUUGUUGUGGAUUAACAUCUAUUGAUCAAGUCAAUGCAGACAUUCUUUAUAAACAUGCGUAA